AUGGGACUUGUGCUGUGGUGUUUCGUGGCGUUAUCCCUGUGCACUUUUGCAGCUGGGUCAGAUUUUCUGCAGGACCCGCGUGCCGCCGGUAGCUCGCGCUUCGAGAGGAGUUCAAACGUUGUGGGGAAAGCCUUGGACAUCGUCAAGAGGUCUCUGCCGGGCUUGCUGGCCCCUGCAUCCUCCAGACACACGAUUCGGCGAAGAAGCACAGACCAAAGCGGCUCCUGCAACGCUCUGCAUGGAUACGAAGCCAAGUUAGAUGCCAACACCCACAGCUACACCCUCAAAGAUUUGAGCGGCUCUGUGUCACUGGCCUGGGUUGGAGAUGGCAGUGGGGUCAUCCUCGCACUGACAACGUUUCAAGUCCCCUUUUUCAUGAUCCGUCUGGGACAGUCCAAACUGUAUCGCAGUGAGGACUAUGGAAAAUCAUUUGAAGAUGUCACGGAGCUAAUAAACAGUACCUUUAUUCGCUCUGAGUUUGGGAUUGCUAUUGAUUCAGGAAAUUUAGGAAAAGUUAUACUGACGGCAGAAGUGUCCGAGACGCUGCAGGCCCGUAUUUUUGUCUCCAGUGACUUUGGAAAGAGCUUUUCUCACCACAACCUGCCCUUCAUCCCCCUCACACAGAUCUCAUACAACCCAGAGGACUCCAAUGUGCUCGUGUCCGUCUGUAAUAAAAAUGCAUUGUGGCUGUCAAAAGAUUUUGGCAGCAGCUGGAACAAGAUCCAUGACAUGGUGUGCUUGGUCAAAUGGGGUGCCAGUAGCAAAAUUUUUUUCACUACUAACCCGGAUGGCUCCUGCAGUGACCGGGGGAUGCUGGAGUUGAAGAGGACAACAGACUAUGGGAAAACCAUCAAAAUUGUGGCCAGUAAAAUCUACUCGUUUGGUCUUGGAGGGCGCUUUCUCUUUGCCUCUGUGAUGACAGGGAAGGACUUGUUGAGGAUUAUCCAUGUUUCUGUUGACCACGGAGAAACCUGGAACAUUGCCCAGCUGCCUCCUGUUGGUCACGAACAGUUUUACUCCAUUUUAGCUGCCAAUGAUGACAUGGUUUUCAUGCAUGUGGACGAGCCAGGAGACUCUGGAUUUGGUACUAUUUAUGUUUCCGAUGAUCGUGGCACUGUGUACUCGAAGUCUCUUGAGCGCCACCUAUACACGGCCACCGGGGGUGACACAGACUUCACCAAUGUCACAUCUCUCCGAGGAGUCUUCAUCACCAGCAUUUUGGCAGAAGAUAACUCCGUGCAGUCUGUGGUUUCCUUCGAUCAGGGAGGAGAAUGGGUCCCUCUGCAGAAACCAGCCAACACCAAAUGUGACGCGACAGCCAAAAAUCCUGACAAGUGCAGUCUCCACCUUCACGCAGCGUACAGCACAGCCAUGAGACUCAACGUCCCCAUGUUACCUCUGUCUGAGCCCAACGCCGUCGGCCUCAUCCUGGCACAUGGCAGUGUGGGAGAUGCCAUCUCUGUCAUGAAGCCCGAUGUGUAUGUGUCGGAUGAUGGGGGCUACAGCUGGAUCAAAGCUCUGGAUGGUCCUCAUCAUUACGCCAUCCUGGACUCUGGUGGGCUUCUGAUUGCUGUGGAACACAACACCAACGAGCCCAUUAACACCAUCAAAUUCUCCACAGAUGAAGGUCAGUGCUGGCACGAGUACAACUUCACCCAAGAGCCCGUAUACUUCACAGGGCUGGCCUCGGAGCCCGGCGCACGCUCAAUGAACGUCAGUCUAUGGGGAUACAAGGACACGUUUUUGGCCCAAUACUGGGUCUCCUUCACCAUUGACUUCAGGGAGCUGCUCACCAGAGACUGUGAUGAGUCCGAUUAUGUGCAGUGGCUGGCUCACUCUGAUGACAUCAGCGACCCGAAUGACGGCUGCAUGCUCGGCUACAAGGAGAAGUUCCUCCGUCUGAGGAAAGACUCUGUGUGUUGGAACGGCCGAGAUUAUCUGAUCACCACACAGCCCACCCCCUGCAAUUGCACCCUGGACGACUUCCUCUGUGACUUUGGAUAUUAUCGCAAGGAGAACAGCUCUGAGUGUGUGGAGCAGCCUGAUCUGAAGGGAAAAGUCCUGGAGUUCUGCCUUCAUGGAAACGAGGAACAGCUACAGACCCAGGGAUACAGGAAAAUCCCCGGUGACAAAUGUGUAGGAGGAAAGAUGCCUGUGCGCAAAGAAGUCGACCUUCGCCAGCACUGCGUCAGUGACCUGGUCAAUGCACCGAGUCCGUCCAAAGCAAAGCCUACAAUGAUCACUUUCAUCGUCAUCCUUAUGCUGUUGUGCGCUGUGGCUGGAGUCGUCUUAAUCAAGAAAUAUGUUUGUGGAGGAAGGUUCUUGGUUCACAGAUACUCGGUGCUGCAGCAGCACGCGGCGGAGAACGGUGACCUGGACGAGCCGCUGGAGACCAAUCACGCCACAACGCGCAACGGGAAGAUCGAGUUCCACGACGACUCAGACGAGGAUCUGCUUGAAUAG